AUGGCGUCCUUGUUGACCGCUGUCGGUCUCACUCAAGCCCCUUUGUCGGCGCCCAUUCCUAAUUAUGGCCCGGGCUUCCUCAUCUUCCACUUCGCCUUCGCCUAUGGCGUCCUCUCCUCGCGCACCCUCAAACAAUUCUACGGCAUUGACCACCAAGAAUCUCCCCGUCAGGACCUGAACAAGUACGGCGAGGCGGCCGUCCGGGACGGCAAAAUUACCCGGAAGCAGCUUGAAAUGCUCCAGCGCAACGAAGCGGCGCAUGCCAACUCCGUGGAGAACUACACUCUCCUCGUCGCCGGCAUCACCCUUGCCACUUAUGCGGGCGUACCACGAACUACGAUCAAUGCGGCAGGCUUGACGUACACUGUGGCGCGGAUACUCUAUGCAAUCAAUUACAUUACCGCGGAACGGCGACGCCCCGCUAUGUGGCGAGGCCUCUUUUGGUGGGUUGGCAAUCUGAGUUGUCUGACACUGCUGUGGAAGGCUGGGCAGGCGCUCAGUGAGUAG